AUGAACACUGUCAUCUCCGACCACAUCUCGUCGCCGCCACGCGCCCUCCUCGGCGCCGCCGUGCUCGGCAUCAUCGCCCUCCUCCUCCGCAAAUUGCUAUCCAUCGGGUCCCGCCCAGCCAACAUGCCUCCCGGCCCGCCCACCCUCCCCAUCCUCGGCAACCAGAAGCAACUCGCCAACGUCCUCUUCCCCGAGCACGUCUUCACCGCCUGGUCCAAACACUACGGCCCCGUCUACACCUACAUGAACGGCUCGCAGCCCUGGGUCAUCGUGUCCGGCGCCGCCGAAGCCACCGAGAUCUUCCACAAGCGCGGCGGGCAGACGGCGGGGCGCCCGACCAACAGGAUGGAGCUGGCGAUGCGGUCCGGCUUCUUCCCGUCCUUCAUGGCGGGCGCCAAGUGGCGCGUCACGCGCAGGCUGUGGCACGCGGUGCUCAACGUCGGCGCGUCGCGGCAGUACCUGCCGCUGCAGGAGCUGGAGACGAAGCAGCUGCUGGCGGACGUUGCGGCGGCGGCGGCGGGUUGGCGGGUGCAUGUCGAUCGGUUUGCUGGGUCGGUGGCGACGACGAUGAUGAACGGGCAGCGGGUGACGGCGGCGGAGGGGCCGGAUCGGGUGGCGAGGGAGUUUGGUGAGGAUUUGGCCGUGUUUGCGAGGCAUGCGACGCGGUCGAAGUGGACGGAGGAUUUUCCCGUCGUGUGGAGCUUGCCCGAGUGGAUGGUGCCGGCGAGGAGGGAGGCGAGGAGGAUCGUGGAGGGCCAUAUGGAGCUCAUUAUGCGGCAUUGGAAUGCGACGAAGGAGCGGGUUGCGAGGGGCUUGUCGUUGCCGUGCUUCAAUAAGGCGAUUAUGGAUUUGUUGGAAGGGGGGAGUCUGAGGAGUCGGCUUACUGAGGCGGAGGCGGCGGAGGCGGGAGAGAUUUUGGUUACGGCUGCGGUCGAUACUACGGCGAGUAGUUUGGUGAAUUGGGUCGGCGCCAUGGCGAUGUUUCCGGAGGUGCAGAGGAAAGCGCAGGAAGAGAUUGACAGGGUUGUCGGGCCAAGUCGCCUCCCUGACGAGGAAGACGUCGCCGAUCUUCCGUACGUUCGCCAGAUGCUCCAAGAACUUCAGCGCUGGAUCACAAGCGUGCCUCUCGGUGUCUUCCACGCCACCACCGAGCCGUUUCAAUGGGGCCCGUACCUGAUUCCUGCCGGGACGCCCAUGGUCAUCAACUCGUACGGGAUCCAUAGCGAUCCGGCCGUCUACCCCAACCCAAAAGCUUUCAUACCAGAGCGCUGGGAGGGAAAGCUCGAGUCUACGGCGAGCAUGACGGACGACCGCAUUGGUGCUCGCUCCGAGCUUUUCGCCUUCGGCGCCGGUCGUCGCAUCUGUCCCGGCCAGCAUCUCGCCGAGCGCGGUCUGAUGCUUGCCAUGUCGCGCUGGCUGUGGACUUUUGACAUUCGGAAAGCACGGGAUGAGUUGACUGGAGAGGAGAUUGACAUCGACAUGGACGACCUAUGUCCGGGGCUUGUGGUGAGAUUGAAUGACGUCCGGGUCGAUGUGACGCCAAGGAGUGCGGAGAAAGCGGACAUGGUCAAGGAACUGUGGGAUGCGGAUAGGAAAGAGUUCUUGGAUGAGCAUAUGCAGUGGAAGAAGAGUCCUCAAGGCGUGGAAAGCGUGAUGAAGAAGGCUGUGCGCCGUUAG